GAGCAACUUAUGUCACAAAGAUGGUGGGUCAGAGGGCAUGGCUCAAGCGACCAUUUCUGAGUACUAGUACUCCUGACAAACACAUCUGCAUUUAGUGACUCACGUUAUACACUUUUGGAAUAGCUUCAGUGUAAUUUUGGAGGAUGCUUUGCAAGAGACAACCGAUAAGUUUUCUACUUUUAAUGACGAUACAUUGGAUCAUAGGAGUUGGUUCUACAAACACAACAGCGACACCCAGCGGAAAUUCAACGGCAGUGCCAAAUGUGACAACACCUCUCCUAGCAGUUUCCAACGUGACUUCAACACAAAACGCGGCCACACUACUGCCAGCCGCUCAUAACACAACUGCAACGGGCAACAUCACAACUCCCCACCCUCCAAAGUUGAACGCAACAUCAUUACCACGCAUAACGCCGACCGCGGGACCAGUGAACGUCACCUACGUCACGCACAACGUCACCGCGCGACUAGUGAACGUCACCCAUGUCACGCACAACGUCACCUACGUCACGCACAACGUCACCACGCGUCACGACGUGGCAGUCCACAGAGACAACGUCACGGGCCCUGCUGUGAACCAGACGAGAUUCACGCCCACUGCCAGGAGAGACAACUUCACUGUCGUCCCAACUCCAGGCAUGGCUCGCUUCAACAUGACCAGAAAACCGCAUAACGCCACGCAGGCUCCAUACCCACCGCCGAUGGUAAUGAACCAGACGAGAUUCAUGCCUACAGCCAGGAGAGACAACUUCACUGUCGUCCCAACUCCAGGUAUGGCUCGCUUCAACAUGACCAGAAAACCGCAUAACGCCACACAGGCUCCAUACACACCGCCGAUGGUAAUGAACAUGACAGCCGGCCCGAGUGUGAACCAGACCAGGGUCAUGCCAACAAACUCCUGGCAUCUUUUCACAAUGCCCCCCAAUAGAACUUCAUUACCACCGCACGCAAACGCAACCGUCGCUGUAACACAACCUCCUACAACAAAGUACAACACCGAGCCAACAACUACCGUUGGUGUCUUCCCGUCAUGCAAUACGACAUGUCACCGUUACGCCUCCUGUGUCGCAGGGGGUUCUGGGAAGAGUUGCGUCUGCAAUGCUGGUUACAGCGGAGAUGGAACGACUUGCACACUUGCUUCGAAGAAAGUGAACCUGGAGAUGAGGAUGACUUCCAUUCCUUUCACCGAGGAUCUAAAGGAUAGGAACUCCCAGGCCUUUCGGUCGCUUUCCUUUAAAGUGUCCAAACAGAUUUUUGACUACCUCAAGACCACGUCUCUUGGCAGCUCUCUGUUGAGUGUGACCAUCCUCAACUUCCGACAAGGCAGUGUUGUCGCCAAUUACAACGCCAACUUCCAAAGUAACGCCACGGUGAGCGACAGCGGCGUGUCCAGCGCUCUGCAACAGGCGAUCUCCAAGGACCCGAACAACACCUUCGGCAUUGAUGUCAGCUCACUAUGCACCAAGACAGAUGAAAACGCCGCCUGUGGUGAAACAACAGGCAUGAAUCAGUAUCUACUGAUCGGGCUGGGGGCCGGUGUGCCUGUGGUUGCCAUCAUCAUGCUAACUCUCCUGGGCUGCCUGAUCAAGAGAGCUCUGAACAGAAAGAAGGGCGAUGGAGACAGUGAAGCAGAGAGCUGGAGUGAAGAAGAAAGUGAAGAAGAGAUUGAAGAAAAGAAAAAAGACAAGAAAGUCGAGAACGGUGAAAAAGAGAGGGUAGACAAGAAAAAUGACAAGAAAGUCGAGAACGGUGGACACGUCAAGAAAGACAAGAACGACAAGAAGACGGUCUCCAAGGACACCAAGAAUUCGAAGAAGGAAAUAAAUGGAGGACCACAGAAGAAGGUUCCCUCGCCGUCCUACCCGGUGAAGCCGGACCCUGUCGAUCCCCAGAGGAACUACAAACGAAUGACGUUCCAACCGGCGGUGAAGUCCGGAAGACUAGCGGACAAGUACGAACACGAUCUGGGGGGUAUAUACUUCCCCAGGCGGUACAAAGUGCCGGAAGUUCCCAAACCGUCUUUCCAUUACGUUGAGGGUCAUGUUCAAGGGAAGCCGGUGACGGUCGUUGUUCCAAUCUGACCCCUUGGAGUUUUUUUUAGAAUCAUUGUCAAGUUCAAAAGAAAGAAAGUCGGAAAAGAAAACGGUAUUUGACGGUGAUUACGGAUAUCGGCAUGUAUGUAUAUUAAUGUCUGUAUAUAUUAAUUGGUUGGUUGGUUGUAAUUUCUAUAGAUUGUAUGGAAAGAUUUUGUUGUAACGCUGUCAAACUCAAAACUACGCCGUACAUGAGCGACGCACACUGGACUUGGUUGGUACUGCACAGCAGCUAUUGUAUGGAAGCAUUUGUGAUCAUGAUAUGUAACUUUAUAGUGUUCUGUGCCUCGAUGCAAAGAUUUCUCUAUCUGUUUAUGUGUGUGUGCGUGCGUGCAUGUGUGUCUGUAUGCGUGCGUGCGCGCGCGCGCGCGUGUCUGUGUGUUUGCGUGUGCCUGUGUGUCGAUGUGACCUCAGAGUAUCUAGUGUCAGUACAGGUGUGAACUGGACGGACCGGUUAUUCAAGAUGGCGGCCCCCAUGAAGCGUGCUGAGAAAGCCUUGUGAUAAAAGCUAGGCGUACUAUCCGCUGAAGCUGCUUUUUAAAAUCACACAGGGCGAUUGUUCAAAGAUUCUCUUCUACAAGGCUUAAUCUAUGUGCUUUAUCGCGUGGUCUUACCAUACAGUUAGUUCUAGCAUAUUAACUAACAACAACUGAGCUGUAUGAAUGUCCAGUG